AUGGCAACUUUUGGAGUUGGUGGCUUCUUCCCUGAAGAACAAAGCCAGGAAGCGUCGCCAUCAACUCAGGGCUCCAAGUAUUUAAUAUUGGCUGUUGUGUUCUUGCGGUUUGCGUUUGCAGGUUUGGCUAUUAUUGCGAAGUCUGCUCUAGCUAAGGGAAUGAGUCCUUUUACGUUUGCAGUCUACCGGAACGCCAUUGCCACCGUGACAUUUGCCCCUUUUGCCCUAAUAUUUGAAAGGACUAAUAGGCCAAGGAUGACAUUAUCCAUGCUCUACAAGAUAAUUUUACUUGGCUUAUUAGGGGUUAUUGAGCAGGACUUGUAUUACACUGGAAUGAAACAUACAACAGCAACUUUUGCAACAGCACUGUACAAUGUUCUUCCUGUCAUAACAUUUGUGUUAUCAUGGAUAUUAAGGCAAGAGAAUGUGAAUUUUAGAAGCUUACGCGGUCAUGCUAAGUUGCUUGGAACUUUAGUGACAUUUGGUGGAGCUAUGGUUAUGACGGUUAUAAAAGGACCUGUUAUUGACUUGUCAUGGACCAAAGACACAACCAGUGCUCAUAUAAAUCCCCAGAAUCCCAUUUUAGGCGCUUUCAUGAUCUUAACCGCUUGUUUUUGUUGGGCUUACUUUCACAUUCUUCAGGCAGACAUGCUUGAGUCACUAAAGCCAUACAAUUUUGAGCUCUCACUCACGACUCUGAUAUGUACUGUGGCUACAGUAGAAAGCGCUAUAACCACCCUUGUGAUAGAGAGAGGCAAUGCUGCAAUCUGGUCUAUACACUUGGAUAUCAAAUUAUUAGCUUAUAUUUACGGCGGAAUAAUUUGUUCAGGAGUUGCAUAUUAUAUCGCGGGAAUUGUAAUGAAGCAAAAAGGACCAGUUUUUGUAACAUCAUUUAAUCCUUUAACUAUGGUGAUUGUUGCUGUUAUGGGUUCUUUCAUUUUUGCAGAUGAAUUGGACUUGGGAAAGGUUGCAGGAGCUAUUAUUAUUGUGAUUGGUCUGUAUCUGGUGCUAUGGGGUAAGAGCGAGAAAAAGGAUUAG